AUGGAAAAGGAUGCUGCGAAGCUUGCCAGUGUCGUCACUCCGGCUGCUUCUGAGCCACCAGCUGCCCCGAAGGCAGAUGCCCCAGCUGCCCCGGAAGCAGCUGCCCCAGCUGCCCCGAAGGCAGAUGCCCAAGCUGCCCCGAAGGCAGCUGCCCCAGCUGCCCCGAAGGCAGAUGCCCAAGCUGCCCCGAAGGCAGCUCCAGCUGUGGAGAAACAUGCAGCGAAGGCAAAGGCAGCGAAGGAAUCGAAGCCAAAGCCCGCAGCCAAGGCGGGUACCAAGAAGAAGCAGAUCGACAACAACCAGGUGGGGGUGUUUGGGACCAGGACCUUACCACUAGCAGCAGCAUCACUGAGAGUUCCAACAGUCAUGCCGUGGAGAGCCAAGACAUUGACUAAGUAUGUUGUUGGUGGUUCAGAUGGUGCCAGCGUUGAAUCUGACAAUGUUUUGCAGCGUGUUGGAGAUGGCUUGGACGUUGAGGGUCCUGGCAAUUCAACUGGCGGUGAAGCCUCAGAUGAGGGUCUGUGGGGUCCUUUUGACGCAAUGUGGCAAAGCAACAGUGAUUUGGAGGAUUCAAACUUUUUGCAAUUCUCAGGAAGUCAUUCUGACAGAACCCAGGGUGCUUUGGACUUAGGGGCGAGUCAAGUUCCUCGAGGACCAACGUUGUCCCAGGCAAAUUUUGAGCAGCACUUGUCCCAUGCAUUUUUGAGCACAAGAGGUUCAUUGAAGGUUUUUAUGCCUUGGGAAAAAGGAGUCUUCAAAAGCAUUUUCAAGAAGCCUGGGUCUAGUCGGAAUGAUUUGUUUGUCCAGCCAAAACAAUGGGUCGAUCACUGCGCUGAAUCUGCUGUGGAAUCGCUGGACGAUUUGGAAAAGGCCACUGACAGUAGGCCGCAGUUGGUGGGGGCCUUCUUCGAGCAUGCUCUCACUUCAGGGUCGGAUCAGUCGUUUUUUCAGCAACGGCAGAACCUAUUGGAGUCAGCUGUUGAGAAGUGGUUUUGCAUCAUAAGAGUCAACAUGCUUGCUUCUUCAGUUGGCCAUGACAUAAUUGGCUUGGGAAACAUGGAAGAACAGAAACAAGGCGCCUUCAGAAUCAUAGAAGCAGUCAUUGGCAUUCGUUCAAGAACCACUGCCAUAACCCGAGCAAAUGCCCUCUUGAAGUUCAUCAGAUGGAGGGCUGAAACGUCGGAGAACGAUGGCAAGGAGUUCAUUGAGCAGGAGGCCUGGCAGUAUUUGUCUGAGUUGCGUGAUAAGAGUGCUUGCUGCUCCAACGAGGGGCACAAGCUUUUUGUCAGCAUGUUGCUGCCGAUUGUGCUCCCGGCUAUGGGCAUAACAGGGAGCGAGUGGAUCUCAGAUGCAAAAGCUGCAUUUGAAGAAUAUGGACUCAUGUUUGAGGGUCGGAUUGGAGGGCCCUUUUUUCGGCCGCCAGGGAUGUCAGGCAAUGCACAUUGUCGCCGUGGACUGACCUCACAGGAGGUUACAAGAUUCUUGCGGCUCAUGCUGGAGGAUGAAGUUUCAGGCCAUGGGGACCUGAGAGUGUCGUCCCAUUCACUGAAAGCGACGCUGUUAUCCUGGGCAUCGAAGUCGGGGAUGAGUGCCGCUGACAGAGCAAUUUUGGGAAGGCACUCCAGUGCAUACCUGGAGUCCAGCGCUGUGUAUGCAAGGGACCUUGCAUUUGGAGCUGUUCAUCGGCUGCAGGAAGUUUUGAGAAAAAUUCAUUGUGGUGAAUUCUUACCCGAUGCACCCAGGUCGGGGUACUUGCCAACAGCCCCACAGCCUUUGGAGGUGACGGCUCCUGCAGCAAAUGAGGUCUUCAAGGUUGAAGACGUGCAGUCGGAUGUGGAGGCCAUUGAUGAGAAGGAUAGCCAGGUUGUGGCUGAGGAAGAUGACGAAUAUGAGGCGUCAUCUGAUGGAUCUGAGUCAUUGGAGGCCUCGGAUUCAGAGGAGGAAGUGCCAAAGCCUCCCGUGAAGUGUUUCAGACACCAUGCAGUUGGACCACUUGCAGGCCUCUUCGUUGUGCACAAUGUUUCAAAGUUGGUCCAUUACUCGGAUCCGUCGUUGGUUGAUGGAAAAGGUACCCGCAUCAUUUCCUGUGGAAGGUCAUUGAACCAGAACUAUAAGUACACAGCACAGUUUGACUCUGUGGACAUGUGCAAGCGUUGCAGAAGCAAUGCGGUGAAAGACAAUGUACUUCCAAAGGAGCAAGUCAAUGCAACGGAUGCUUCGACCAUCAAGAAGGUGCCCAUUGUUGAGCGGGAGACUAAAAUGAAGGCCAUCAAAAAGAGGUUGACAGGUCUUCUCAUAGGAGGCCCACUGGAACCGGGACAUUCGCUCCUGGAUACAACAGCCAGUAUGAUGCAGCUCAACGAGGUCAAAUACAUUCCCCCUGAACGUUGCAUUUCAAGGACUCAUGAAGUGUUAAAUCAGAAGUCCCCCACAAAGCAGUUGGACAUUUCAGCGGAGCACCUUGUCGUGAAGGAAAAGCAAGACACUCCCGACAUGACUGUCACUUCAGCGCUCCAAGUGCAAGAAGCUUUCCAGCGUCGUGGCAUAGCACUGGUGUUUGCAGAUCUGGUUACCCAUGAGAGUUACACCAGAUACCUGACCACUCUCUUUGGGCACUUGCAUAGAGACCCACCAGCGGGCUAUGCAAGGACUUCUGUGAGUCAGUUGGUCGCUGCUGACAAAACGGUGUGGCAGAUGAUCCUGGAGGAGGGGGUGCAGCCAAAAAGAGAUGAAGCUGGAGAGUUGGCUUUGGACUCAAAGCUUAUGGAGAGUCUCCACAGCUACCGUGUCUCCUUCUCCUUGUUACCGUUGGUUGCCCGAAAGGACAAUGUUCCGAGCGUUCCAAAGCCCACCAAGCCAACCGCAAGUCAUGGUGGAAAGGGCUCCAAUCAACCGGUUCAAAAACCGUGGUUGAAAGCUAAGGGUGGAAAGAAAGGUGGCAAAGGGAAGGUCAGAGUGCCGCAGCACAUCUUCAAGUUGGGUGGCACCUCUUCCAAUCCUGCAGGCGACACCGAAUGA